UUCCCAUCGACUUUCCCGAUUCUCCCUCCGCUCCAUCCAGAUGUCGCCCCAUUACCGCCACCCUCAAUCGAACUUCGAGCCUCCGCCGCCGGCGCCACCGUCGUUCCUCCACAACUUAUCGACCGCCCUCAGUCCCCCAACGAAUGAACGCGAAGGGCAUAGUAUUUCCGCCUACGUACCUCGCAAAGGGCCAGUUUGAACCCCCCCAUAGAGCGCACAGCGCGCUUACAUAUCCAGCUACGUGUGUGUGUGUGCAUACGAGUGCGAGCAACGCUCCGGACCCCCUCUAAAAUCCGCUCUGUAUUAUGAGCGAGGAGCUGUAGGACCCGCGGCAUUCAACAGUUUGAUGACUACAUUAAUAAUUUCCGCUAAUUCACAGUGACAGUGCGAUGUGUGUUAGUAAAGCGGUUUAGCGGUCUCCGGGGGGACGAGCGGGUCGCCGUUUAUCAUGCAGGAGGCUCCUUGAAGCUCUAACGGGGGCGGACAUGAGCGCGAUUAGGGCCUGGGGGGCCCUCGUCGGGCUGUUGGCGGCGUGUUGUUUGGUCGAAGGCGGUGUGGCCGACAACGAGGUCGAUAGGACGCAAUUCGAAGCCGCCUUUCAAGGUCGAUGUGAUGAGACUAGUCCGUGCGAUCAGCUCUGUUAUGAGUUGCACGAUGGAAUGUACGAAUGCGAUUGCAAAGAGGGCUAUAUACUGCGCGAGGACGGUUAUAGCUGUUACGAAAUCAACUCGACGGUGUCCCCUUUUUCCGUCGAAGACCUGAUGACGUCGGGCGUCGAGGACGUCCUCUAUCAAAAGGACGCCGUGAUGGACGCCGUCGAAAUCCUCCCCGCCAACGCCACCGACGCCGCCAAACCGGACGACGCCGCGACGGCCGUCGUCAACGUCACGACGCCGUCCGUCGGCAAAAUCAAUUUCACCACUCAGGGUCCCCGGCUCGAGCAAAAACUCACCUCCGACGGCCACGCGGCCGCCAAAUCGACGACGCCCAUCCGCGCCGUGCCCAACAUCACGGCCUCCGUCUCCACCGUCAAACCCUGCCCCCUCGACUGCGGCCCCGGCGGCGGCUGCAGCCUCGAAGACCUCGAAACCCCCAUGUGCUUGUGCCCUCUCGGCCGGUCCGGCGAAAGAUGCCAAAUCGAAAGGGAGAUCGAAUCGCCGAGAUUCACGGGCUCGAGCUGGCUGGCCUUUCCGGCCCUGCGAGGAGCCUACAAGCACGUCCAGCUGAGCCUAGAACUGAGGCCGGAAGCCUACGAUGGAAUCUUCUUUCUGACGGGCGAACGCGACGAUAUGGCCGGCGAUUUUAUGGCAUUGCUGCUGCAUCAAGGCUUCGUGGAAUUCCGAUUCGACUGCGGCUCGGGCGUGGGCGUGGUGCGCUCCGAGGAGACGGUGCUGCUGAACCAAUGGAACCACGUGACGUUGUACAGGCACCGGUGGGACGCGUGGCUGCAGCUGAACAACGGCAAGCACGUGCAGGGCCGCAGCAAGGGCCUGUUCUCGCGCAUCACCUUCAGGGAGCCGCUGUUCAUCGGCGGGCCGGGCAACACCACCGGCUUGGAGGAGAAGCUGCCCGUCUCGAACGGCAUGAAGGGCUGCAUCAGGCACUUGGAGGUGAACGAUCACGCGUACAAGUUCGCGCCGGUGCCCAAGGGGGAGGCGGCCAAAGGGUAUGGAAUCGAGGAAUGCACUGCUGAUAGAUGUAGUCACGUGCCAUGUCAACAUGGAGGUAAAUGCCUAACGAGCGACAAAUCGGCCAUUUGUUUGUGCCCUUUGGGGUUUUCCGGCGACUUAUGCGAAAUCCGAGUUGAUUUACAAGUACCAUCAUUCAACGGUUCGAGCCACCUAAGGUACCGCGGAUUAGCCGAAACCGCCCUGACGUGGCUCGACCUGGACGUCACCUUCAAACCCACCUCACCGGACGGGCUGCUGAUCUACAACGGCCACCGCAUCGACGGCUCCGGCGACUUCAUCGGCGUCCACCUGGACGCCGGCCACGUCGUCUUCACCUACAACCUCGGCACCGGCGCCGCAUCGGCGACAACCCGCCGGCCGGUCGCCUUGGGCGAAUGGCACCAGCUGAGGAUAUCGCGCACCGGCCGGCUCGCCGUGCUCGCCGUCGACCGGCAGCCGCCCGUCGAGGUGCUCAGCCCCGGCGCCUUCACGCAGCUCUCGCUGCCCCAGAACCUCUACCUGGGCGGCGUGCCCAACUUCGGCAUCGUCGCGCCCCACAUACCGGCCAAGACGUCGUUCGUCGGGUGCAUCCAGCGCGUGCGCGUCAACGCCCAACCCGUCGCCAUUCUGGCCGAGGCCCUCGGCGGGGCCAACGUCGACAACUGCCCCCAUCCGUGCGUCGCCAGGCCCUGCGGCGAAGACGGCGACUGCGUACCCGAAAUGGAGUACUUCUCCUGCAAGUGUAAACCAGGCUACAGAGACCGCUUGUGCUCCAGGGGCCCGCCUUACUUCCACGGCGAAGACAGCUACAUUCGAGCGGGCGACGCCGCCGCCGUCGAAGCGGCGUCGUCGGAUCGCUUCGUGGUGAAUGUGCGCUUUAAAAUCGCCGAUAAAUCGGGCCUCUUACUCAGCGCCUUCGGCAACGGCAGCUACCUCUCGCUGGGGCUCGAAGACGGGGCGCUCGUGUUGAGGUUCAACACCCGAGGCGGCGACGAGGAGAUCAAAGUGGUGCACAACUCCAGCACCGUCUACGACAGGCUCUGGCAUCGAGUCAAAGCCGUUAAGAGCGGUUCCAUCGGCCUACUGAUAGUGGAUAACGGCGCCGCGGUGACGCGACAAUCGGUGGACGUUUCGACGAGGAAAGUAAUCGAUCCGAGCGACGAGGGGCUGUACGUGGGGGGCAUGCCGGGCGCGUCGUUGAGGAGGCUAACGGGGUACUCGACGGGCAUCGUGGGCUGCGUGGCCGACCUGGUGGUCAAUACGGAUCUGCACCUGCAGCUGGUGGCCCGAUCGGAGCUCGGCCACAACGUCAGUGAGUGCGAGGCAUGAGCCCGAAACGCCGUCAAUUAAAAACUGAUGAAUUAACACGAAACCUUACACGAUUAAAACAGAACACACACACGUAAAUAUAAAUGCAAAUACAAAGUAUAAUUGAAAGUCAAUAUUUAUAGCGCAAUUGAGACCAAACAAAACAAGAGUAAUGACAAAGUAUAUGUAUGAUAUAAUAAAGAGACGCCCGGGGGCCUAGGACUUUUUAGCGUGAAUGUAUAAAAAAAAACGAUUCUUCUAGAACUGGAACUUUUUUCCUUUAUUUUGACCCGAGAGCGAUGCAAAAUGGAAGAAUAUAAAUAUUAUAACUCAUAAGGCUGAUUUACCGACAUGAUUGAAACACUAGCCGAGAUGCGGUCAUGACAAUUAAUAGUAGAGUAGCAAUUACCCAAUAUUCAAACAAUAUUUACUUAGCACAUAUCAUCGAGAUUUUGCUAUAAUUUACUAAUACUAAUAAUGCAAUGUUUAAUUCACAAGUCAAUUCGUUUAUUAAAAAGUGAGAAGUCUAUAAAUUGGUACAUAUCCUGUUGAAAAAGCAAUAACUUUCGUCCAUAAAACAACGAAUGUAUACGACUCGAUUUUUCAGUUAAAAAAAUACAAUCGAGUUACUAUUAAUUGAAUAAAUUGGUGUAAUUAAAAAUACAGCAUUUGCUACUCUACUAUAAUGUGCCUUAAAAAAAAUCAGUAUCACAAAUCGUAAUUUUUUCAUGUAAGAAAAAACUAUUAAAAAAGGCAGUAAUGUUUGUUACCGUAUCUUAAAAAAAGCAGACCUAAUUCUGUUAUUUAAAAAAAAUAUUCCAGGUAAAAUCUUUAUGUAACAACAAUCGAUUUUAUUUGUAGUGGAAUAAAUACAUAGAAAAAAAUCGAAAAAAAAUCGGGCUAUUUAUUAUGUAAUAAAGCAAAUAUUUAAAUUCGAGAAUUAGGUCGAAGGGUUACUCAAAUAAUCCGAUAAAUUUAUGUUAAUUGCCAGCCGACAAAGGCACAAUUCGGGGAUUUGUGUUUAGAAUUGUAGAUAGUUUGACUAAAAAAUGACUUAAUUAUAAGAUCGGGCUUUUGUACUGUCUUUCAUUUUUUGAUAAGUAUAUUUAAAUAAAUCUUAAUAAAACGUCGAAAAGCAUCCAAAAGCUGCUUUUCACGAAAAUAACGUGCAUUACCAAUAACCCGUCACCCUUUGAUUAAUCUUCUAUAAUUUAUUAGUAUAAAUUAUAUAAAUCAAUCACCUCGUAUUUUGUGAAUUUAGAAACGAAUAUUUUAGUGAAAGGCACGCGCACAUAAUAAAAAUAACUUCGAUCAUAUCAUUUUUAGAUAAGACUUUCGACGUGUAGCGUUCGCGAAAAUUCCAAUUUCCCGGAUGCUUUUCCGCGUUUCGUCCGCAUUGUCACGUUUUCGCAAUAAAAAAAAAAUUAGGUACUAAUUGGUCCAGUGUAAAACCCACCUUGUUAUAUAACUAAUGUAUAUGAACUCUUAUUUGUACAGGUAGACUAAUUUGUGCGUUAUUAAAAUGCUUUUGAUCUAAAUCCCGACUUUGAUUCGACUCUAGUUUUCAAUGUGACGUUAUUUUCUAGUGAUACACCUAGUUUUUAUUUGGCUUGUUUUAUAUCACAACAAUUGGGUUAAUAAAAACAGUUUAUUAU